AUGGCUGGCAUCCAAGGACAACUCGACCGUGGCGCUGUGCCCAAUCACAUCUCCAAUGUCUGCCCCAAAGGUACCAAGUUCCACAUCCUUGAGGUAGGCUGGCUCGAGUGCGACGAGGCGUUUGUGGUCCGUGGAGGCAAUACAAGCUUGAAAAGUACGGAGAACAAAGCAUUUGUCAACAAGCGGAGAGAAUUGCCAGUCUAUUGUGUCCUCAUCGAACAUCCACAUGAAGGCCUCAUAUUGUGGGAAACUGGUUGCGGAAAGGACUAUCCUGAAGUCUGGGGCCCUGCCCUCGCUGACGUCUUCUCUCGUGUCCGUUAUGAGCCGCAGCAUGAGCUCAGGGCAGCGGUGGAGGCCACCGGAAAUAAACUGGAAGAUAUCAAGAAGAUCAUCAUUGGCCAUCUGCAUCUUGACCAUGCCGGUGGACUGGACGAAUUCCUGGACAGGAAGGAUGUCGAAAUCUGGGUGCACGACCGCGAGUUGAGAUCUGCGUUCUGGUCUGUGGCAACCGGGGCAGACGUCGGCGUUUACCUCGAACACUAUCUGAAGCUGAGCUUGAACUGGAAGACCUUCGACGAGCGAACAUUCGAUUUCUGCCAGGGCAUCACACUGCACCAUCUGCCUGGUCACACCGAUGGCUUGAUCGGAAUGCAGAUCAAUAUGCCAGAUAGCGGGACCUUCUUCUUCAUUAGUGACCACUGCCACGUGAUCGAGAAUUGGCGUGAUGGGAUCCCACAAGGCUGGCUGGCUAGAGAUCAUCCGGCAUGGUUCCAGAGCACUCAGCGGUUGAAGCACCUGGAGAGGACGACAAAGGGCCAGGUGAUUCCGGGCCACGAUAAGGAAACAUAUCAGAAUUUGAUCGCCAACGGAAAGUCGUAUACUUGA